AUGUCUUCUUCAGCGCCCGCUUGCUCUGCUGCUUCGCAGGACCUCGAGCUAAUAUUUCUCGGCACUGGGACGUCCGGGAGCGUGCCGAACGUGUCGUGCUUGACGGCGCCGCCCGAGGUUCCGCCGUGUACGACCUGUCUGAGCACUUUGACUGAGAAAGGGAAGAAGAAUAUUCGAAGGAACACUUCUGCCAUUGUUCGCAUCCCAGGAUCAGACGGGUCUACCAAGACCAUACUUGUGGAUUGCGGCAAGAACUUUCAGUCCGCGGCCGUCGAGUGGUUCCCGCCUUACAAGCUGCGGCGCAUCGACGCGCUCCUGAUCACCCAUGCCCAUGCCGACGCGAUGAACGGCCUGGACGACCUGCGCGCCUGGACACUGCGCGGCGUGAUCCAGCCGCACAUCGACGUCUACGUCUCGCGCACGACCUUCAGCGAAGUCAAGCGCGCCUUCCCGUACAUGAUCGCGAAGGAGCAGGCGAGCGGCGGCGGCGACGUCCCGGAGUUCCGCUGGCACAUAUUCGAGGACUACCAGCCGUUCGACGUCGCGGGCGUACAGGUCGUCCCGAUGCCUGUGCACCAUGGGCGGUACUUCUCUGACGUCCCGCCGACGGGCCACGCGCCUACGCCCAAUACGACGACGCCGUCUACGCCCAUACGCCGCGGCUCGCCCACUUCGCCAGAUAAACCUACUGUGUUCCAGCCGUAUAUCUGCCACGCCUUUUCGAUCGACGGUCGCAUAGUGUAUAUGGGCGACGUCUCGUUUAUUCCAGAGGAGACCUGGCCUCAUCUACUGGCAUCACCGCGUUCAGUCGUCGUGCUCGAUUGCCUGCGCCCCACAUUCCACACGAGCCAUUUCGGGCUGGGUGAAGCCGUAGAGACUGCGCGCAAGAUCAAGUCGACGAGGACAUAUCUGACUGGAUUCGGUCAUGAGAUCCCUCACGAUGAGUACGUGCAUGUGGGCGAGAUAUUGGGUGGGGCGACGGUCGGUCAGGAGGGUUUGUCGGAUAGGGAGAGGAAGUGCUUGGAUCAGGUUGAGGAGGGCGAGAAGGUUUGGGUGCGGCCUGCACAUGAUGGUCUGAGGGUUUGGAUCGGCGAGGAUGGGAAGGUCCGGGACGGAUCGUAUGGUGUAUAG